ACCUCGGUGGUUGACUGCUCUCUUCUAUUGGACAGUGCUGGAAAAAGGCUGAUUGUGGACAAUUUGAGAAACUGUGAGACAAGGUAUGUUUUCUGCUCUAUAAAGAAUGCUUUAGGAGUCUGUUCAACAGCGUUUAAGAUUCAAAUGGCAGAUGUGAGGGUGUUUACUCUGCUCACUCUUGUUUUUGGCUUCCAAUCAUCUCUUCUCAUCUUGCCAGUUCAAGCAAGCCAUUCCUGUCUGAUAUCUGCUGAUGGGCUUGCAGCAAACUGCCAAGGCAUGCGGCUAAUGCAUGUCCCUGUUGAACAACUGCCUACUUCUAUAGAGGUGCUAGAUCUUUCAUAUAACAUUCUACAAGUCAUCAGCAACAUGGAUUUCUUUAGGCUGCCCAACCUCCGAGUCCUGUGGCUUCAGUUCAACAACAUAUAUUUGAUUGAAGAUGAUGCCUUUCAAAGAAAUUUACUACUGGAAGAGCUGAGUAUCUUCAACAACUCAUUACCAGAUAUCCCGUCAAAAGCUCUUGCGGUGCUCAACAGACUCCAAAAAUUAGACAUGUCCAAUAACUUCUACACCAAAGCAACUCUGGAUGAUUUAUUUCUGAAUUUCAGUAGUCUAAAAAUGAUCUCGAUCGGUGGUCCUUUUGUCAGUGCUUUAAAACAAGGGGAUCUUGAUGUGUUACAGAACACGUCUCUGGACAAGUUUGCCAUUAAAACUGGUUCUAGUCUGGACAUUUAUGAGCCAGGGUAUUUAAAGAACAUUCAGACUUCAGUGUUGUGGCUGGAUAUAGCCAUUGAUAACAGAACACAAGCACUCCCUUUAAUUCUAUCAGACAUUAAAAAUAAGACAUUGAAGUGUCUGCGUUUUCGCAAUCUCUUUGAGUUCACGUACUACACAGACAAAGAGGAUCUGUUCUAUGGCUUACAGUAUAUAAACACCCAGGAUCUAGUCUUUCAUCGGGGGAAGUUCAGCGAAGGACUCUUGAAAAUGGUCCUUGUCAAUGUACAGAAAAGUUCAGUUACAGUACUAGAACUGUUUUUCAUUGAUUUUGCCAGGUCACAAACAUUCGUAAAUAAUGAAGAGGAAUCCAGUGUGACGGAUUUGGAGCUUGAAAUGUUGGUUCUCUCGGACAUCAGCAACCCAGAUAUCCUUCGCUUUGACUGGUGUUUUACAUGGUUGAACAAAAUCUAUCACCUGCGCAUACACAACGUUAACUUCAACACUGUGCCCUGUGAUGCCUGGGAGGAGAUGAAAGCAGUGGAAAUCCUUGAUGUAUCCAAAAACCGACUGCAGGACAGAUUUCUCUUUAACCAGCAAUGCAACUAUAAGGAUAAAAUGCUAUCGCUUCACACCCUUAAUGUCAGCAACAAUCAGCUGAGCAGCCUCAACUCCUUCAACUCUGUUGCAGGGGAGUUCAAAAGUCUACAGAUAAUCGAUAUCAGUUACAACCAGCUCGGUUCUAAAGGGAACAGUCAUUGUCACUGGAGACAAAACAUCACCACAGUCAUUGCUAACCAUAACAAUAUGGUUACCGAGAGCUUUAAAUGUCUCCCGAUUACCGCAGUACACCUCGACCUCGCCUACUGUAAUCUCGACCAGUUAGACAUGGACUACUUCCAGAAGGCCAGCGGUUUGAGGGAGAUCCACCUCACUGGUAACAAGAUUAAAUUCAUUCCCUCUGACUGGAAGAGUCCCAAUUUGAAGUCACUAGCUUUGGAUGGAAAUUCUUUUGGUAUCAUAAACACGAAGUCUUUUAGAGGAAUGCCAAACCUAAAGAAGCUGAAAGCGGGUAACAACCCGUACUACUGUACCUGCGACCUCCACACUUUCAUACAGGAGACCGCUGUGAAGGGCAGAGUCCACAUAACAGACUGGCCUGAGAACUACAAGUGUUACCACCCAGAGGACCUCCUAAAUACGAUGGUAUCUCACUACUUCCCCGGUCACGUAGCCUGUGAUAUCAGGCUUAUCAUUACUAUCUCUGUAGUAACCACUGCUGGAGUGGUGCUAUCACUUAUGCUAAUAUGCUAUUUCUGUAAUAUACCCUGGUAUGCUAAAGCUACAUAUCAGAUCCUUAGGGCCAAGUACAGGGCACAUAAAGAAGGACUGGCACAUUCUAUGGACUAUACUUUUCAUGCCUUCAUCUCCUACAGCCACUCGGAUGCAGAUUGGGUAAGAGAUCAUCUGUUGCCAUGCCUGGAGAACGCUAAGCCUCCGUACAGACUUUGCAUCCAUGAAAGGGACUUCAUGCCAGGGAAGUGGAUUAUUGAUAACAUAAUUGAGAACAUCGAAAACAGUCGCAAGGUCAUCUUUGUGCUGUCACGACACUUUGUGAACAGUGAGUGGUGCAAUUACGAGCUCUACUUUGCCCAGCAGCGAGUCAUGGGCAAGACCUUCAGUGAUGUCAUCCUGGUGGUAAAAGAACCCAUCGAUUCAAACUCUCUACCCAGCAAGUACUGCAAACUGAAAAAAAUGCUGAGCACCAAAACCUAUCUGGAGUGGCCUGAACAGUCCAAACACCAGGCUUUCUUCUGGGCACAGCUGAAGAGUGUUCUUGGCAGGCCGAGUCCUGCAUAUGAAUUGCCAGCCUCCGUGCGGAGACGUCCUACGAGAGUGAGCACAGCGUCUGUGAUUGAGAUUUCACAUGAAAACCAACAGGCUGUAGACUUUGGACCAACAGUAGAUCAAGAAACAAGGUUUUAACUUCAGCUUCCAGUUAAAACUUGAUGUUAUCAAGAAAGAACGUCUAAAGGACCACAGACCAAGAAUUACACAUUCCAUAAGCUUAAGGGACAAUCGAUAAGCUGUGCUGAUUGUGCACUAAAGUGCAGAGCAUCUUAUUAAACCAUGUCUUAUCUAGUGGUAGAAAAGUGUGGUUUGGUAUUAGCAGGUACACUUAUUAGGAGUAGGGCCAUCAUCUGGCUCUAAAAUGUCAUAUACAUGAUAUAGUUAAAGGUAUGUGUAGAUCUAACUAUAGAGUUUUUUCAAUUCCAUUUCAUUUUGAAUGAAAUUGAUGCUCAAAUUCAUUUCAAAGGUGUUCAGUUGGGUUGAGGUCAAAGCUCUGUGUCGGCCAUUGUAGACCAAACCAAACUCGUCAAACCAUGUCUUCAUGGACCUUGCUUUGUGCACAGAGGCUCAGUCAUGCUUAAACUUUCCCAAACUCCUGCCACAAAGUUAAAAUCAUUCAUUUAUACUUAUAUACUAUAAAAAACUUCAUUCUAUACUCCUGUUAACAAUGGUUGUUUAAGUCUUAAAUGGUUUGUGGUGGGAUGUUGGACCGCUGUUUGAAAAGAAAAGUCUCCACUGAUGUAGAGGAAGAUCUACAAUCUCUGUUCCUGAAAAAGUUGGAGAAUUUUGUAAAAUGUAAUUAAAAUGAUUCUAUU